AUCGGUCUCUCCAGUCCGGCAAAAUGGCAGAGGUCGGGGACAUGAAUACAAGAGUUUUUGUCCUUUUUUAGCUCCUAGAAUACGACUUAUCUGUUAUUUGUCCCAUGGUAUUGCGGUAUGAGUUGGACAUAAGCUACGUGAACAUAUCAUGAAGAACAGUUUACUACGAGUCAACCUCUGGUCCAAUCACUGCAGAAUGUCACCCUGGACAAGACAAGUGUUUUUAUGUGCACAACCAGACACUUUCAUAUGCAUCCAGCAGUUCAAGUCUUUCUGCACAUUUGCUUUUGUUCUGCCAGAGCAAAGAUUCAAGAGACCUGUAAGAUUGCAGUCCUCUACUGAACAACAAAUAUGCCUCAGCACCAGGCACUACAGCUGGAGAAGAAGAGAUGACCAAAACAUAGAUGAUUUGCCACUGUAUAGAAGUAGGACCGCUUAUUAUGAUAUCCUAAAAGUCACACCUCAUGCCACACAGGCUCAGAUCAAAACAGCCUACUACAAACAGUCCUUUAUCUACCAUCCUGACAAAAACCCAGGGAACAUGGAGGCAACGCAGGCUUUCUCUGAGAUCAGUGAGGCCUACACUGUACUGGGAAACAUCAAUCUGAAGAGGAAAUAUGAUCGGGGCAUCUUGAGUGAGUCUGAUGUCCGAGGUGCAGGGAAACCUUCUAAAGCCAGUUCCAGCAGCAGCAAGCAAACAGGUUCUACACAGCAGCAGAGGGGCAGGCAUUUUACCCAACGAGGAGAAAAAGUCUUUUAUGAUUUUGAUGCCUUUUAUAAAGCACACUAUGGAGAACAACUGCAAAGAGAGCAAGAAAUGAGAGCCAGGAAGCAGCGCAUACAAGAAAUGCAUGAGAAGAAAAAGAUGGCAUGGCAGCAUACAAAAAUUUUAGAAAUUCUCGCGACUAUGUUGUGUGCAUCAGCUGGGUUCAUCCUCUAUAACAUUAAAAAAUCCUGAUAUUAUUUA